AUGUCGGGUGAAGACAAGCUCUUCAACUUCAUGUCUGGAUUACAGAAUUGGACACAGGUGGAGCUGUGUUGCCAGGGAGCACGGUACGUCCAAUCGGCGAUGGCAAUGGCGGAUGCGUUGGUGGAUUACAAAUCCACUAACAAUAAGGACAGUGGUGACGACAGCCAGGGGAGAGACGGCUCGAGGAAGAGCUGUAAGGCAAGCAGCCACCGUGGAAACAACAACGGCUUUGACCAUAGUCGUGAUCGCAGCGGCGAGCAAGGCCACCGCGAUAAUCGCCAAGGGCAGCGGUCGAGAAGGGAUCAGGGAGGAUCCAAAGUAGAUGCUUCGCAGAACAACUCGCCGAAGCGCGGCUGCUAUAUCUGCGCAGGACCGCACCGAACUUGGGACUGUCCAUUCCGAGCGGACAAAGCCGCCCUAGAAGCCAUGGUACAGACGACAUCGGCAGGUGA